AUGCCGAGUUUGAACGAAACCCUCAAAACGUUGGAGGAGAACUACUCAGCUUGUGAUGUGUCAGAUGCCCUGCUCAAGCUUCAACAUGUCCCUGACGGCGGCACAUCGCGAGCAGGACACUUAGCUGAUCUGGUCCCUUUCUCCCCGCUAGUCGGCCGCAAUGCAACAGUCCCCAAGAUCGCCGCACCGGCAACCACCUUCAAGUUCGUGGCAAAGGCCUCAACCGUCCCGCCAUUAACAAUCGCAACAAACGAAAACCACAGCUUCCCACCGGGAAAGCACUGGGUCGACUACGCGGGCGACUACGAAGCAACUCAUUCGCCGGGGCUAGGCUCCAUCAUAGUCAUCGAGCAGCCCGAUGACCAGUAUUGUGCCGUCACGGGUGGAAUCAUGGCGACGCGGAUGAAGGUGCUUGGAAUUAAGGCUGCCGUUGUUGGGGGAAGGGUGAGGGAUUUGAAGGAAUUGUCAGGGAGCGGGUUGCCGGUCUGGGCUCGUGGUACUUCGACUGUUGGCACAAAUGCGGAGGCGAAGCCUGCUGCUCGCAAUGUGCCUGUUUCCAUUGGGGGAGUCACUGUUUCUCCGGGAGAUAUUGUCUUCUGUGACCCUCUGGAAGGCGUCGUCGUUAUUCCUCGCGAGCUGCUGGGACCGGUCAUGGAUAUUAUGCCGAGGCUGACUCGCAUGGAUGACGGGGCCAAGGAGGCCGUUGCGCAGGGAAUGAGUGUUACCGAAGCCUUCAAGACUUUCCGGUCGCCAUUAUAG